AUGUUCAAGAUUCUCGCCCUGAUUGCCUGUCUGGCAAUUGUUGCUUCGGCCCAGUACCAUGGAGAACCCGAGCACAAGGAACACUACGCACACCCCAAGUACAAGUUCGAGUAUGGCGUCAAGGAUCCCCAUACCGGUGAUCACAAGAGCCAGUGGGAAGUACGCGAUGGUGAUGUCGUCAAGGGAGCAUACACCCUGCACGAGGCCGAUGGAACCGAGCGUGUGGUCGAGUACAAGUCGGACGGUCACAACGGAUUCGAGGCUGACGUGAAGAAGGUCGGACAUGCCCAUCACCCACAUUCGGGUGCAAGCUACGUCAAUGUCGACAAGCACUACUGA